UAUAACUUCAGUACUUGUCCGCUUAUAUUCACAAUAAACAUUCUCGUCUCAUUUCACGUAUUUUUUUUAUCCUUUCCAUAAACUUUGGCAAUGACGAAAUCAAAUAGGAGAUUUAGAACCUACAACUCUGAUUCAGGAAAGAUAACAAUCCACUACGACACAUUUGUGAGCUUCGACUCAAAAGAUAUCGACAAAGAGAAAAACAUGACUAUGCCAAGGAUUAGCGAAAGGAGCAAAGUGAUGGAUGAUCGAUCAGAGGAAGAUAUCCAAUCAGCACUACUGGAUCCAGAUAACCCCAAAUAUAGGGCUGCACUUAAACUGCAGAAAGUAUACAAAAGCUUUCGUACAAGAAGAAAGCUAGCAGAUUGUGCAAUUCUUAUUGAACAAAGCUGGUGGAAGCUCUUAGAUUUUGCUGAACUCAAGCACAGCUCUAUAUCUUUCUUCAACAUUGAGAAACAUGAAACUGCCAUUUCCCGUUGGUCUAGAGCUACAACCAGAGCUGCCAAGGUUGGCAAUGGUUUAUCAAAAGAUGACAAAGCUCAAAAACUUGCUUUGCAGCACUGGCUUGAAGCAAUUGAUCCACGCCAUCGGUAUGGACAUAAUCUACACUUUUAUUAUGCUAAAUGGCUCAAGUGUCAGAGCAGAGAACCCUUCUUCUAUUGGCUAGAUAUAGGAGAAGGAAAGGAGGUAAAUCUUGAGAAGUGCCCUCGAUCUAAACUUCAACAUCAGUGUAUUAAAUAUCUGGGCCCGAUGGAAAGAUUGCCAUAUGAAGUUGUUGUGAAGGAUGGAAGGUUCUUCUACAGGCAAUCAGGAAAGCUACUUCACACUACUGGUGAAGGUGCACAUACCAAGUGGAUUUUUGUCCUUAGCACAUCCAAGAUCUUGUAUGUUGGCAAGAAGAAGAAAGGUUCAUUUCAGCAUUCUAGCUUCUUGGCUGGGGGAGCCACAUCUUGUGCUGGGAGACUAGUUGUUGAAUAUGGGAUGUUGAAGGCAGUUUGGCCUCACAGUGGACAUUAUCGUCCUACAGAAGAGAAUUUCAAGGAAUUUAUUUCAUUCCUUCUGGAGAAUGACGUGCAGCUUUCUUAUGUCAAGAUGACUUCAGUUGAUGAGGAAUAUCACUCAUCGGAAGAGGACUUCACUGAGAACAUGAGUGGCUUGGAGGCUGAAGAGAAGGCCAAUUUGAUGGAAACCAAGAGGACUUCUGCACCAGUGGGACAUAAGACGAGGCAAUUCCAGAUUUUUGGAAGAGAUCUAACCAGUCUUGAAAUACCAAAAAGGGGUCAUGUGCUUGAAGGACCAGAGAACGAGAAAGGAGGUGCUGGGCUGAGUAGUAAGAGUUUCCAAAUGGAUUCUCCAACAGGUGAUCAAGAAACAGAACAAGCUUUUGCAUCAGAGCUAGAUAACACAAUCACAAAGCAAAACUUCUUUGACGAUGACAGUCACGUAGGAACUAUUCCAAAAAAGUCAACACUUAAAAGGAUUGCCUCACAUAAAGAAAUGAAAUCAUACCAACUGGGGAAAAAGUUGUCUUGCAAAUGGACAACGGGAGUUGGACCUCGUAUUGGCUGCGUGAGGGACUACCCUUGCAAGCUUCAGUUCAGAGCCUUGGAACAAGUUAGCCUGUCUCCAAGAAGUGGUUGCCACUCUACAUCUCCUAGAGUUUCAACUCCAGUCUCAAAAAUAUCACCUAAAAGUCUGCUUCGAGGACUUGAGCACAAUACCCCGUUGGUUAGAGGGAUAUCAGUGAUACCAGUUAUUCAUACGUCAUGAGUAAAUGGAAUGCCCAGUUCGUUUAUUCUUUUGUGUAAAUAGGAAACUUUUGUCACUUUCCAUAUAGGACUUCUUUUGUAUCCCACUCAUGGAAAAUAUGGGAUGGAAUUUCUCCAACUCUUUAAGGUCUAUGCCUCCUAAUACAAAGGAAACAAAUUCAUGGAACAAAUUUACUGAACUCAUGGAAGGUACUGCAGACCCUUAGUGCUGGGACUCAAUCAUAUUAUUAUUGAUGAUGAUAAUUUUAACUUUAA